AAUCUUAAUUUUCUUCCUACAUUUUUCAAUCAUGGGCUAUUUCUCUUGCAAUAACAAAUCGGCCAUUGCCAUUUGCGAUUCCUACAACUUCGAAUUACUAUCAAAGAAUCCCAAAAGGAACCGCCGCCGCCCAUUCAAGCUCGCCGAGUUCGACUUCUCCGACCUCCACUCCGCCACCGACGGCUUCUCUCCCGCCAAAUUGCUCGGGAAGGGCAGCCACGGCUCGGUGUACAAGGCCGAGCUCCGCGAGCUCGGCCUUACUGCGGCCGUGAAAAAGACCAAAGUUGUCGGCGGGACUGGAAACCGCUCCAGUCCCGCCGACAACGAGGUGGAGAUUCUCUCGAGAAUCUACCACCCCCGGUUAGUGAACCUAAUCGGGUUCGGGUCGGAUCCGGAUCAGCACAAACUGAUCGUGGUCGAGUACAUGCCGAACGGUUCGCUAUUCGACCAGCUCCACGGCCCGGGCCGACCGCCCGGGUGGGUGAAGCGAACCCGGUUCGCGCUGCAGGUGGCUCGGGCGGUUCAAUUCCUCCACUCGUCCCAGCCGCCGAUCAUCCACCGCGAUAUAAAGUCAUCGAACGUCCUAAUCGACAGCGAUUUCAACUCUCGGGUCAGCGACUUCGGGCUGGCGCUGAGGGGACACGUGGAGGACGCUCGGGUCCGGUCCGCUCCCCCGGCCGGGACGCUGGGGUACCUGGACCCGUGCUAUCUCGCGCCGGGGGACCUCAGCGCCAAAUCCGACGUGUUCAGCUUCGGGAUCCUCCUGCUGGAGAUGAUCAGCGGCAGGCACGCGAUCGACGUGGGCCACAGCCCGCCGUCGGUGGUGGAGUGGGCGGCGCCGGAGAUCGGAUCCGGCAACCUCGACGCGAUCUGCGAUCCGAGGAUCGGAGCGCCGCACGACGCGGAGGCGCUGCGGCGGAUGGCGGCGCUGGCGGCGCGGUGCGUGGGGGGCGCGGCGGAGGAGCGGCCGGCGAUGGCGGAGGCGGUGGAGUGCCUGGAGAGCGUGCACAGGAGGAUGAAGGCCGGAUCGAGGAGGACGUCGUGCGCGAGCGUACGGCGGCGGGCGACGAAGUACGAGGCGCUAGACGGCGGCGGCGGCAGCAACGGCGCGGUGUCGAGUGAGGCGAGAUCGAAGUCGAUCGGGGCGGAGAGGGAGAUUGAAUUUGAGGAGGGUUUGGAUUUUGGGAGCGGGAAGAGGGCGGGAUUCGGUGUGAAGAUGUCUAUGGUGAGGCUGAGUAAGUCGAAGUCGAUGGGUGUGGUGAGGAGUAGGAGAUUGAUCAACGGAGGGAGGAUCGUUGGGAGUAAUGUGAUUGCGGUUGGGAGUGUAAAAUGGGAGGACUCCAAGUUACUAGGAGUAGUAGAUUUUGAUGAAGAAAAAACACACACACUCUUAACAAAUUAGACAAUCUAUCAAUAUUCAUCAUCUUUGAUAUAAUAUGUAUUCUCGGAG